UUCGUCAGGUCACUGUCUCACUAAACCACCGGCGCGCUCCGCCACUGCAUCUUUAACCCUCCCCUUGUCACACCAACCCAACCAUGAUUUGCCUCAAAGCCUUCUCAUCCCCUCUCCACCUCCCCACCCUCCGCCGCAUCGCCCCUCCCUCCUCCGCCCUCCGCACCCGCAUCGCCGCCAUGUCCUCCUCCUCCUCCGCGGUCGCCGCCCCGGUCGAGCACAUCGUGCUCCUCAAGGCCCGCCCGGAGGCGGUCGCCUCGGGCGCCGCCGCGGCGAUGGUCUCCUCGCUGCAGGCGCUCGCCACGCAGGUCCCGGGCCUGGCCUACAUCCACGCGGGCCCGGUCCUCCGCCUCCGCUCCCCGGCCGCGGAGGCGCUGGGCCCCACCCACCUCCUCCACUCCCGCUACGCCACCAAGCAGGACCUGGCGUCCUACGCGGCGCACCCGGCGCACGUGGCCGCCGUGCAGGGGCACGUGCUCCCCAACGCCCUCGACACCACCGCCGUCGACUGGGUCAACGCCGCGGAGCUCCCGUCCCCCGUGAGCCCCGGCAGCGCCGUGCGGCUCACGCUCGCCAAGGUGAAGGAGGGGGUGGAGGUCGCGCAGCUCGUGGAGAAGGUGGCCGCGGCGACGAAGGCCGCCGGGGAGGCGAAGGGCGCCAAGGUGAGCUUCGGGGAGAACUUCUCCCCCGCGCGGGCCAAGGGGUACCAGUUCGGGAUGGUGGCAGUGUUCGACAGCGUGGAGGAGCUGGACGCGGUGGAAGGGGACGGCAAGGUCGAGGAGGCCAAGGCUGCGGUCAGGCCACUUCUCGAUGAGGUGGUUGUGCUGGACUUCGUGGUCGAGGCUGCUGGAGGGGCUCCAUCGCCGGCGAGUCUCUGAGAGGUUUCAGGUUUGAUUUCAGUUCCGAGUGCGUUGGAGAUUUGGGAAUAAUGUACCCCUUCUGGUUGUCAACUUGUGAAAUUGAGCAUGGCAGUUGGACGAAUAAGAAUUUUCCUUCCCUUGAUUAAGGAUGAAGGAUCGAAGUCUGACGAUCUUGACCUGGAUCCUGCAUGUCAGCCUACAUAUGGUUAUAUGAAGGUCGAAAGCCUUCAUAAUGCUUGCCAA